AUAGCCUCCUUAUACUUAUAGUGCCACAACUUAUCCAACUUAUCUCCCUCGGUAUGGCAGGCACAGUUGCCUUGGUUUGUGCCUUUGCUCUUCUGCUUCAGACAGGAUAUUGUUUGAAAUGCUAUGUGUGCAAAAUGGAUGAGGAGCAUAAAUGCACAGGGGAGUAUGUGAGCUGCAAAGAAAAUGAAGUCUGCCAUUCAACAUUUCUUCAAGAGGGAACAGAUGCUCCUAUGGCCGUUGAAAGAAAAUGUGCUCAGGAAGAUUUGUGUGACCAGUCACUCGGAUACAUGGAUGGGGAUAAGGCUACACAUUAUGCUUCUUCCUGCUGCAACACAGACAAUUGCAGUCCUUCUGCUCCGUCAAGUAGCAAUGAAUUAUCCUGCCCGUCCUGUUCUGUCCAAGGGUCCGGCCAGUGUCAGCCAACAGGGGACAUUCAAUGCUCAGGGACCGAGGACAAGUGCUUCUCCUACAGUUUAGAACAACAGGUUGCUGCUCGUGGCUGCACUUCUAGCAACCUCUGCGAUGUCAACCUGCAAGGUACAAUUGUUCCCGAUCCCUUGAACAAAGGAACAGCAAAAUGUAUGGAUAAAGGGGGUAACGAUGGUGGCAACGAUGGGGGUAAUGAUGGGGGUAACGAUGGGGGUAACGAUGGUGGCAACGAUGGUGGUGACCCCAGCUCGGGCAGUACCAUAAGGACCUACAGUACAUUGUCACUUGCCUUCAGCAUGAUAUUUGUAUUUUACUGCAAGUAGCACAUUGGAAAUGGAAUCAGUACCAACCCAAACUGUAGGAUAAUGUCGCAAUCCUUCCACUCUCGUGUCUUUAUGUUCUGUAUGUACAGCUAUAGUUCCAAUGCUUGUAUGUCUAAAACUAAUAAAAUUGCUGAAAUUCUAAA